AUGACUUUACUGUUGAUACAUUUCGAGUUUGAUAAUAUAUCUAAUUUGGCGAAAUUGGGUCAAGUUACACCUGAAAAGGCAAAAAAGAAACCAAAGACAUCUGUCAAUAGUUCAUUAUCUAUAGACAAUCUAAAGUAUACAGAAUAUUAUAAAUCGGCGGGAAUCAACAAUGUCAUUCCACUGAGAUUACCAGAUGAUGAAUAUGUUACUUUGGUUAAUAGAUGUUUUAAAUUUCACGACGAAAGCCCCAUAAAUCUAGCCGAUAAAGACUUUUCAAAUAUGUUAGAACUGGGAAAUGGGAUAUUUGAAUUAGUAACUGAUAACAUUAAGUUGAGUAUUGUAUCUGGAAACUUGUUAUAUGUUAAAUCAACUAAUAAGUUUGAUUCUUCAAAGUUAUUAUUGUCUAUCGGUAAUAGCGAUUUGUCAGAUAUUCCACUGUUAAAACAAGAAUUAUCAAUUUUAAAUUUCCAGUCUAGUAAACUUGAUAAGAACAAAUUAACAGUUUCAAAACCAACCAUAAAGCUUGAAUUCAACCUUAUCAUCAAUAAAAUUGGAAUUUCAUUAACUUAUUCAGUUCAAUAUGCUUGUGGUAUAGGAUUUCCUCAUCAAGUAGACAAAAUCAGCAACAUAUUAUCAAGUAGAGUAGAUUACUUCCCAACAUCGAAUGAGUCUUCAGCGGUCACAAGUAUGCUUGACUCCGAACCAGUAAGUGCAAGAUUGUUUUAUACUUCCAUUUCUGAAAAUACUGAUUUGAUGCCUAAGAUUGAAGACGAGUUUGAUAUUCCAGAAUUAGAAACUAAUUUAAUUAGAUUUCAAAAGAGAUCAGUUAAUUGGUUGUUAUCAAAAGAAAAUGUCAAAUUCAAUUUUGAUACAAGUAGAUGUUCUCCAUUACCCUUUAUAGACGAAGAACUGCAAGCCUUAUUGUCUAAUAAUGAUAAUCCUAGUGAUACCUUAGAUUGCAAACUAUAUUCAUUACUUAACAAACUAUGCUUUGGUUGGAAGAGAAUCAAAUUAGACGGCAAGAUUUAUUUUUUUAAUAGACUUACAGCUCACAUAAUUAGUCGAACUGGAGCUUGUCGUUAUCUCAUGGAACAUAAAAACCAGCUUUUGCCUGCUCAAUCGUUAUUGUCUGAAGAAAUGGGACUUGGUAAGACGGUAGAAAUGACUGCUUUAAUGCUAAUGAAUAAGAGAUCAAUCGAUGAAGUUAAUGAUACAAUAGAACAUCAAAUCAAUCAAUUUGGAGAUGUUAAAACUUUAGUUAAGGCUAAGACUACCCUUGUUAUUGCUCCUGAUUCGAUUUUAAAACAAUGGGUGGAGGAAAUUGUACAUUUAGCUCCUAGUCUAGCGGUAACAGUCUAUACGGGAGUUGGAAAAUAUCCUAAAUUAGACAAUAAUCCUGCUUUAAUUGCGGAAUAUUUAAGAAAAUUUGACGUUGUAUUUACAACUUAUGCUGUCAUAGCGAGGGAGUUGGAUUAUGCACUUUACUCGUCCCGUCCAAAACAUACAAGAAAUGCCAAGUCACAAAGGAGCUAUAACUUAGAUGAUGAUGAAAAUGAACCUUCAAGUAGUUCACAUGAGGCCAAUGAAAGUGCAUUAUUGGAUGAUUAUAAAUCAAUGUUUCAACUAACACUUACUUCCAUAAAACCAAAAAUUGCAAAUGAGAGAACAGGAGAGUCACAGGCUGAGACAGACUAUGAAAAAGCAUUACAAGAUGAAAUAGGUCUUGCAAUUAGUCACAACAAAAUUCCUUCUAUAUAUAAAAAGGUAGAAUAUGAGUCACCGUUGAUGCUUAGUCAAUUUUGGAGAGUAAUUUUAGAUGAAGUACAAAUGGUUUCAUCCACAGUAUCAAGAGCGUUCCAAAGUGCAGCUUUGAUUCCUCGUUUUCAUGCGUGGGGAGUAUCUGGAACGCCAAUAAAGAAAAAUCUUGAAGACUUGCAUUCCAUUCUACAUUUUCUAAAGUAUCAACCAUUUUGUGGUGAUAUUGGUAAAUGGGCCUGGGAAUUAAUUACUAAGAAUUCUUCAAACUCAGACUUUAUAAAGUUAUGGACAACAAUUUCGUUGCGCCACACAAAGUCAAUGGUUCACGAUGAUAUAAAAUUACCUCCACAAUCGAGGAUUUUGCUUACCAUUCCAUUCACUCCAGUGGAGCAAGAUUUUUAUAAUCAAAAAUUUGAAGAGUGCUUGGCUGCUAUCUGUUUAGAUGUUAAUGGUAAUCCUAUUUCAAACGAUUGGGAACCUUCUACAACAAUUAUGAAUUAUAUGAGAAGCUGGCUAGUUCGUUUGAGGCAAAUUUGUUGUAAUUCUCAAAUUGGAAGACUUAAUAUUGGAUCCAAGAGGUACAAGAGAAAUAAUACUUAUAUGUUCUCGGCAAUACAACAGUUGAAGACUUUGGAAAAUCUUUUGGAUGAUAUGUUGACUAAAGCAUACACUGAUAUAAUGGAAAAUGAAAAGCAAUUGAUUCAACUUUACCUCGAAGUUGGGGAGUUUUUCGAAUUUUGCUACCUACCUGAAAGAGCCUUACCUUAUUUAACUAUUGGUGUAGAACAAACAGAAAGAAUCAUCUUCAGGUGUAGGCUUAUUCUCAAUAAGUAUAUCAAAGAAUUUAAAGAUUAUAGGAGAAGGUUGGAUAGUAGAAUUGAUGAUGAAAUAGAUAAUGAUGACACCAUUGGUAGUAUUGAUGGAAAAAAUGAAACUCAGGCUAUGAACGAUGAGGUUUUGGAAAAAUUAGAGGACAAAAUUGCAGGGUUCAGGCUAAGAAUAAGGACGUGGAAUACCACUUUGCAUCGCUUUUACUUUUUAAUAGCAUCAUCUUACUUUCAGCGAUAUGAUAAAGAUUACAACGAAGUAAUAAAAGUCUUUAAGCUUCCUGAAACAUCAAUAAGGUUUGAUUUAUUACAGAAAUUUGAACACUACGAGGAAACUGAAAGAUCUAAUGAGAUCGCAUCACUUAUUAAUGGAGUAGAUUUAGCAACUGAUUUUGAAGUAAGCAAUUAUUCCAAAGAUUUUGUCUUGGAUCCUAGCUGGACAGAUGAUCAAUCGAAGGAAGAGGAAGCAAAAUUUCUAGAACUGAAAUUUUACGAACUUGCAGAAGAGACUCGUGGUAUUCUAUUAAAAGGAACAAUAGCUAAUGUCAAUAGUGUUGUGGAAUCCAGGAUAAAAUCGCGAGGCCGGUAUCUUGAUUUGGAUCAGGCUUUUAUUGACGCUGGAGAAAUUUUACUUCCCAAGAAUUCCAAGAAGUUUUUCUUUGCAGUGCCGGUGAUCGACGUUGGCGUUUUCACAGACCAUUCGAUCUAUAUGAAAGUUAAAGUUUUCAGCGAUAAGCUCUUUAAGAUGAUUGAAGAGCUAAACUCUCAAGCUCUAAUUCUUAAUUCAUGGGUCAAGCAUUUAAUUGAAAUUUUAUGCACUCCAGUUUUAACCCAAGAUAAGAGUCCUGCCGGUACUGAAUACGAAGAAACUAUACAAGAUCAAGAUAAGGUAUCUAGUUAUUUGUUUGUUUUGUCUCAAACAUUAAUUGAUAGAGGAGAGUCUAUUAAUGGAUCGGAAAACUCUGCGAAGAUUGUCACAAUAAGAAAGGCCCAGGAAAAAAAAGACACUGAUUUCGAGUUACAAAAGAUUAAUGAUCAGGAGUUUUUAGUUCAGCUUCAAAGCGUUAGAAAUACAAUCAAGCCCAAGGGGAAGUCGUCGUUGCAAGAAUUAGUUCUUCUGAUUAAGAACCUUGAAACAGAAAUAAAGGAAGAUGAGCUAUUAGAUCAGUCAAGAUCGGAAACACAACUAAAAUUAUUGGAAGAUCUUGGAAAAAAGCUUAGGAUAGUUUUCGACAAUCAGAAACUUGCUUUGGUUUUAUUACAGAAAGAACUAACAGUUAAUUGUAAUGCUGUAUUUAAUAGUCGUGUCGAUUAUUAUAAACAAUUGCAGCAAAUUUCUGAUACGGUACAAACAUCCGAUUUUGGUAUGGAUAGAAGUGCUUUAGCUGCCGUUUCAGUUAACCGACACCUCCUGCAAAAGCAAUAUCUGUAUGAUCUGAUAAAGCUUCAUAUGGACAAAUCCGUUGCAAAGUUCCGUUACUUACGAGGUUUGGUUGGUGUAGCCGAAGGUAAUCUAAGAGAUGAUGAAGAAGGUAUGAUGUGUAUCAUUUGCAGAUCGACUAUUACUAUUGGUUCUUUGACUCAAUGUGGGCACAAAUAUUGUAAGGAGUGUUUGGAGCAGUGGAUCCGAAAUAGUCAUACAUGUCCUAUGUGUAAAAGGCUGAUACAUUUAGAUUCUGUCUAUAAUUUCACUCACCAUAAGCCAAACUUGAAAGCAAAUAAGGUAGUGGACUCCUUGGAGGGGGGUUCUCAUAGUAAGAACUUAUAUUCUAUUUAUAAAGCUUUGCCGAAAGACACAAUUGAGGAAAUUCAAAACGUUAAGUUAGAAAACUCAUAUAGCUCAAAAGUAAAUAUGAUUGUUAAACAGGUUUUAUAUCUAAGAAGCCAAAAUCCAUCAGUUCAAAUUGUUGUCUAUAGUCAAUGGCAAGAUAUGCUUUAUAUAUUAGGAACCGCAUUUAAAGAUGCUGAUAUUACUUAUCUUGGAUCUUAUGGUACGUUGCGACCUGAUACUGGUGUGGGAAGGAAAAUGAAGAUGUUUGACUCGGUCGAGACUUUUAAAAACCCAGAUAAUAAUAUUACAUGCUUUCUAUUGAAUGCUAAAGCACAGGCUAGUGGCUUGACUUUAAUUAAUGCAUCCCAUAUUUUCCUUUGUGAGCCUUUAGUCAAUACAUCAUUAGAAUUGCAAGCUAUAUCGAGAAUCCACAGAAUUGGGCAGACAAAACCUACUACAGUAUGGAUGUUUGCUAUCGAAAAUACAGUUGAGGAAAGUAUUGUAGUUAUGUCUACAAAUAAGCGACUACAAUAUAUGGAAAUGACGCCAGAAGUUCAAUCAGGGAAAACUAAAGCGGGCAAUGAUGCAAAUAUUCCGAUUCCAAAUUCGACUGCCUCUUUGAUAGCUAUAUCAGACGAGAAAAGUUUAAGCAAAGCAGAAUCCCUAACUUUGAUGAAUAGUGGAGGUAAUGAUACUUUGGUCGGAAAAGGUAAAGCGCAAGGGGAAUCGGUUACUAAUUUUGAUUUGUGGGCAGCUUUCUUUAGCGCACGGGCGGGCUCUGGUAUUGUUAGAGAAUCCUUACAAGAGAAUUCUGAUAAACUAAAUUGA